GGUUUCUAAACGUGCUGAUGAACUGCCAGUGGCAGAGCCUGUGGUGUCAGGUGGAGGGCGGGGUGCUGAAGAUGUUCCGAGACAAGGGCUGUGAGGAGAGCCCCCAGUACACGGUGCCACUGAGAGGCUGCCAGGUUAGACCGGACUCCGACACGCCUCAGGCCUACCGCAUCACCGUGGUCCAACACGGAGACCAGGUGGCAGUACUGGAGGUAAGAGCUUCGGGGAGAAGUUCCCCCUAGGUGCAUAUCUAGGAUCAGCUUCCCCUCCCCCAAUCGUAACCUUACAAUUAUUGGGGGAAAUCCAAAACUGACCCAAGAUCAGUAUCUAGGGGAAACUUCAACCUACUCCCUGGUAAAAAUAUGAGGAACAUGGUGGAUAUUCAGCUGGGGCUUUUGGUGUUGUAAAGGGGGUCAGGGAUAGUUCAUGGAUCACUAUGAGUUUAGUCACUUAACGUCAGUGUGGUUCAAUUAGAUCAUGGUGGAAAGUCAUUCAACACUCUUACAUAAAAAAAAAGAGAAACUUGCUAUAUAUACGUGAUCACUACCAAAAGCGACCCAAUUAUUUCCUACAGGUUCAUUUUAAAUAUAAAAUAAGUCAAAACCCAAAAAAGGAGCUGUGCAGGAUAAAAUAGCACCAAAUUAUUCCUGGAACAGUGCAUGGAGUGUUGUUGAAGCUCUCCUUCUUCUUUCUCUGUCUACCUCGUUCUCUUUAUCUCUUUCUCACACAACCACUCUCUUGCUCUGUUCAUCCAUGUCUUUGUUCCAGGCCGGCUGUGCAGAUGAGAAAGAGCAGUGGGUGCAGCUCCUGCAGGACGGGAGUGUAAGUCAGGGUCAGACUGACUCUCUGUACCACCAUGACAUCACCUCAAAAUCUGCUGGCGACCUGAGGUAAUAAAUGUUUAUGGUGAUCACUUGAUCCUUUACUAUGUGUCUGAUUUAGAGGUCUUCUCGGGUUCAAAAAGUUGGCCCGGACCCGAUAUUUCAUUUUUAAGGGGGACCCAGACACGAAUGGACCCGAGAACAAUCAGACCUGAACAUGGAUGGACCCAACAACAACCAGACCUAGACCUGUAGGCCCUUACCAGAACGGAUCCGAUAUUUCUUUUUUAGACCCGAGUGACAAAAAAAUGUUUAUCGACCAAGUUGCUCUUCUGGUUAACGAAUAGGUCUUUAUAUGUUGGCUAGGCCUUCUAUAAGUCAAUAAAUUCACCGUAGUAGCGUAAAAUAAAUAUGCUGCAUACUAUUCUGAGUCGUUGUCGGGUCCAUUCAGGUCCACUCGGGUCUAUCAGCCGUAGUUGCAUAGACCCGAGACCGGAUGACAAUCAAACAGGAUCCGACCGGACCCGAGGGAAAAGUUCGAAUUUUGGACCCGGGUCAGGUCUCUGGUAUUUCGGGUUCAGUCGGACCCGUGAAGACCUUUAGUGUGAUUAUCUACUAUGAAAAUCUACAGAACAGGGUCAAUAUCUACAAAGUGUCUCUGAGUAGGAUUGCUGAUCUAAAAUCAGAUUUGAUAGAUUAUAUAGACAAAUCCUAGAUCAGUACUCCUACUCUAAGACACGUUGUGAAUACAGGCCCUGAACUAUGUUUUAAAAUGCAUACGGUCACUUGGUUAACAUUUUUUUCCUACCAUCAGUGGUUUAAAGGAACUAAGGUUCCCGACCUCAAACAUGUACAUCGACGACCCCUUUCACCAGCUCUAUGGAAGUGGCAACUCGCAACCCAUCUACUCCAACACAGCUAUACUGGAGCACAUGGUACGCCCAUUCUGGGGGGGGCAAACAUGAGCUGUACAUGAGUUGUAUAGCGAGAUUUUAGAAGGAUGUUCCGACUUCACUCCUUUGCUACUGUUUUCUUGGGAUCUGUGAGACUAAGGCUGGGAUUCUAACCAAUGCAGAUUCAUGGACUUCUAAAGGCGACUCAUGUUUGAGCUGACAUCCAUGUCGUGUACGGCGAAUACAAUCACCAGGAAUGUCCGUAAAAUUGCCUUUAAAAGUCUAUCACAGUGCGCAGGUAGUUAAUCUGAGUUGGUUUGAAUCCCUGCCUAAUACACCGUACAGCAUUGUGUGUCCAGGGUUUCGAGAGACUUUGACUUAUUGUACCGUCAGGCUUGAAUAAGGACAUGGUCAGGUGAUAGUCAGAAGCGUACAUUUCUUUUUUUAAUAAACUGUAAAAAUAAACUGUAAACAGAAAACAGUACAAAGAAGUCAGUGUGAUAUUUCAAUAGAUUUCCUUUGUUUUGCUCUCAUCAGUUCCAGAAUUCCCAAAAAGUUGCCAGGGGAGAGUCGGUGUUAUCUAAGGAUUCAGUCAACUACAGCAACACUGAAAUCUUUAACAACCACAGUGAGUUGGAUUCGACUUUA